AUUAUCGCUUCGUUCACCAGCAUCUCCACACCAGAACAAACCUAUGAAAGGAUUAAUAGUCUCUAAAACCACAUAGACACGCGCGACUGUGUGCCAUCGUUUCGAUCGAAUUCUCCUAGCCUCAAAGAUCCGGCCGAUUUGCGUUGCUGGUGCUUCUCCGAGAUCACGAGAUUAGGCUGCGGUCACUCCCCAGAUCAUAUUGACUGACUCUACGGCGCCACCUUCGAAACUCGAUCUUGCCUUUCAUUUGCGGCCGCUCCAUCUAUAUUCUAGCAGUCUCCGACAGACCGAUUACCUCUUCCACUGAAAGAAGCUUCUUGCUCAGCAAGACACCUCUGCCCAAGAUGAUGAAAAUAUGGUCGAUGGUGAGACCAGGAACCGCGGCUCCGGAGAGUUGGCAACAACGCUGACGUUGAACAGAAGCAGCAGCAGCAGAAAGAUGAGCAGUCUCAAGGGCCUACUCAGAAAAAGAAGAAGGUGACGGCCGCGCAGUUGAGAGUACAAAAGGGUGAGUACAGAGAGAGAUUUCUAAGCAAGAUAAACCAAUGUUGACCAGAGCAUGGUGCAGAUCUCAGCGAGUUGUCCCUCGGAAGCACUAUGAAGACAACAUUUCCCAACCCCGACGACAUCCUCAACUUCACCCUGACGAUCGAACCUGACGAGGGCAUGUACAAAGGAGGCAGUUUCGUGUUCAGUUUUGUCAUCAACCAGAACUUUCCCCAUGAUCCGCCCAAAGUCAAGUGCACGCAAAAGAUAUACCAUCCCAACAUUGAUCUUGAGGGCAAUGUCUGCCUGAAUAUUCUUCGAGAAGACUGGAAACCCGUGCUGAACCUGAACGCCGUUAUUGUCGGCAUGCAGUUUUUGUUCCUCGAACCCAAUGCAUCGGAUCCCCUCAAUAAAGAAGCAGCAGAAGAUUUGCGGACCAACCGUGAAGGAUUUAGACGCAAUGCAAGAACGGCCAUGGGAGGUGGUGCAGUUCGCGGACAAAGCUACGACAGGGUUCUCCGAUGACCAUGACGCCCGAAGCAGGUGAAUGACAUGACGACUAGAGAUACUGCGUGGCUCUGCUAUUGAUUUUUAUAUUGCCAACCCUAGCAUUGCGACAUGGGCGUUUUCGAAGGUGGGAGGGUGGAAAUAUAGCAGCAGUUGGUACGGCGUUUCCGCACCGGUUCCCCAACGUUUGGAAUUCCUCCGUAGCUACGUCCACCUCCACCGAGUGUUACCAGAUAUACCAUUCCCAAGAUCACAGACUAGAUACAUAUAAUCUACUUGAUGACAUGUGGAG